CCCACGACCCAAACAUUUUCUCGACCUCGGGAACCUCCAGGACUAGCAUUUUCUCUCUCAGUCUCAGUAUCAGACUCACCGUCCGUCACUGUGCCUCUCUCCCUCCCCCUGAAACCCUCUUCUAUCUCUACAAUGUCGAAGCUCGUACAUCUACUGGGCUUCGUAACCCUAAACGUAUUCCUUCUUCCAUUUCUCUGCAAGUCCUUCUCUCCCGAAACGCCCACCGAUCGCCGAGUCCUGGUUUUGCUCGACGACCUCGCCAUUCAAUCCUCUCACUCUUUGUUCUUCAAGUCCCUCCAAUCCCGCGGAUUCGACCUAGAUUUUAAGCUCGCUUAUGAUCCAAAGAUCAGUUUACAGAGAUACGGACAAUAUCUAUACGAUGCAUUAAUUCUCUUUUCUCCCACAAUCGAAGGAUUUGGAGGAUCCAUUGAUCAGGCUGCCAUAUUAGAUUUUGUCGAUUCGGGACAUGAUUUGAUUAUCGGAGCGGAUGCUAAUGCUUCUGAUCUAAUUCGAGAAAUUGCUACUGAGUGUGGAGUUGAUUUUGAUGAGGACUCGAAUGCUCUGGUCAUUGAUCACACCAGCUAUGCGGUUUCAGACACUGAAGGAGACCAUACAUUAAUUGCCAGUGACGAUUUUAUCAAUUCUAAUGUGAUCUUAGGAAGCAAGAAAAUUGAGGCUCCUGUUCUUUUCCAGGGUAUUGGUCAUACCAUAAAUCCUACCAGUAGCCUGGUGCUGAAAGUUCUCUCAGCUUCACCUUCAGCAUAUUCUGCCAAUCCAAAGUCGAAGCUGUCAUCUCCUCCAUCACUCACUGGAUCUGCUAUAUCUUUAGUCUCAAUUGUGCAGGCAAGGAACAAUGCUCGGGUUUUGAUCUCUGGUUCUUUAAGCAUAUUCAGCAAUCGAUUUUUCAGGUCUGGAGUGCAGAAGGCUGGGAGUGCUAUUAAACAUGAGAAAUCUGGUAACGAGCAAUUUUUGACUGAACUUAGCAAAUGGGUUUUCCAUGAAAGAGGUCAUCUCAAGGCAGUGAAUGUAAGACACCACAAAGUUGGGGAAGCAGAUGAACCUGCAGUAUACCGGAUUAAUGAUGACUUGGAAUAUUCGAUCGAUAUCUAUGAAUGGUCUGGAACAAGUUGGGAACCAUAUGUUGCUGAUGAUGUUCAACUGCAGUUUUACAUGAUGAGCCCCUAUGUUUUGAAGACAUUAUCAACUGACCAGAAGGGUCAUUAUUUCACAUCAUUUAAAGUUCCAGAUGUUUAUGGGGUUUUCCAGUUCAAGGUUGAGUAUAACAGGCUUGGUUACACUAGUUUAUCUUUAUCAAAGCAGAUUCCUGUCCGGCCAUUUAGACACAAUGAAUAUGAAAGAUUUAUACCAGCGGCUUAUCCCUAUUAUGGAGCUGCAUUCUCUAUGAUGGCAGGCUUCUUUGUAUUCACAGCUAUCUACUUGUACAACAAGUAAGAACUGGAAGAUGGAACCCAUUUAGAGAUUUUUUGGUAGGUUUGAGAUCUUAGGUGAUAAAUUUUGAUUAGGCAACGACAUUAUGCGAAAUGUUAUUUAAUUUUAUAAAUGCAUUUAAAACUUCAAAUAGUUGUAACAAAUGCUGCCGUUUCUUGUUUUAAAUUUGGAAACUUAUUUGGCUAAGCUAUGGAAAUAGAUAACUUCAAAAAUCCUUAUAAUUUUGAGUA